AUGCUGCUCAUCUCCGCAAUUGUGCUUCUCAUAACGCUAGUUCAUGACCUUCGGCCCAUCUUGACGAAUACAUAUCUGUCUGCAUCGUGGACCAACUUCCCUGCCCUAUCCACAUUCCUCCUCGCCAUAGAAAUGCAGUAUCUCAAGUUACUAGGUGCGCUGUACAGUAUACCGCUGUUGGCCACAGCACAAUGUCCAGCCUACAUAGGUUAUGCUAAAGAGAUUCAUGAGCCUCUGAGCUCCGGCAAAUACAAGCUUGCGUACCAGCGACCAACGGAAGAGUGCCGCACAUUCAAGUCCCCGGCUCUGGAAGAUACAGUCAAACGCAUGGAAAGUGUCAUUCGCGACCCCGAUCUCUACCGCCUGUUUCAGAAUGCGUAUCCAAACACUCUCGACACUGCGAUCAAAUGGAAGGGAGUUGCAGCAGACAAUGCAGACGAAGAGCUGACCUUCAUCAUCACGGGAGACAUCGAUGCAAUGUGGCUACGCGACUCGUCCAACCAAUUGCAAAGCUACCUGCCUCUGCUCAACGCCAGCAGCGAACCAGAUUCGAUUGCCAGUCUGUAUCGCGGUGUCAUCAACCUUCAGGCCCGAUACCUCCUCACGUCACCGUACUGCAACUCUUUCCAACCGCCUGUAGAGAGCGGAAUCGGAAUAGCCAUCAAUGAAGCUGCAAGCCAGGACACGGUUUUUCCAACUUACUCCAACGACUCCGUAUUCGAGUGCAAAUACGAACUCGACUCUCUCGCCGCCUUCUUGCAGAUCUCCACCGACUACUAUGACGCCACGGGCGACGCCGAGUUCUUCGGCAAGUUCCACUGGGUCGAAGCAGUCGAGGCUGUCCUCAAGGUGGCGGAAGACAUGAGACUCCCGACCUAUGGCCCUGAUGGCGCUGUCCUCACCAGUCCGUAUACUUUUACUCGAUACACCACACGUGCCACUGAGACCUUCGCCAACGAUGGGCUGGGGAACCCAACAGCCAAUGGCACUGGACUCAUCAGGAGCGGUUUCCGACCUAGCGAUGACGCUACCCUUUACCAGCUCUACAUUCCUUCCAACAUGAUGUUCAGUUCCUAUCUGUCAACCACUGCCGAAAUCAUGGGCCAACUCAACGAUGGUAAUUCAGCACAGCUUUCACAAAAAAUGUGUGAUUUUUCCUCAAGCUUGCGCGAUGCUAUUGAGACGCAUGGCACGGUGCAUCAUAUCAAGUAUGGCAACAUCUAUGCCUUUGAGGUUGACGGAUAUGGCUCCAGAAACAUCAUGGACGAUGCCAAUAUCCCCGGUCUUUUAUCCGCUCCCUUCUUCCGCUAUCCCGUCAAUCCAGAGACUUAUGCCAACACGCGCUCGCUCAUUCUGAGUGCUGAUAACCCAUACUUUAUGCGCGGCCCUGUCCUCAGCGCCAUCGGCGGCCCCCACAUAGGUCCCGGAAUGGCGUGGCCCAUGGCCUCGAUUGUGCGCAUCCUGACCACGGACGAUAAUGACGAGAUUGUCCACGAGCUCUCUCAGCUUGUGAGCAGUACAGCGGGCUUGGGUUUGAUUCACGAGAGCGUCAACAGCUUCAACGAGACCAACUGGACCAGGCAGUGGUUCUCAUGGGCGAAUGGAUUGUUUGGGCAGAUGAUGUUGGAUUUGGAGGACCGAAAGCCAGAGAUUUUGGAAACGAGUUUUCAAUGA